AUGAUUCCAUUUGGUCCUCUUGGAAUGCUUCCUCUGCUGUCACUGUGCAUGGGAGCUCUGCUGUCCGCAGACACAUCCCUGGCCUGCCCACACCCUCCCUGCAGGGACAGUCUGGUGGCUGCACCACCCGCACAACCUGGGAUGGGAGCAGGAACGGGUACUGGGGCCUGCGAGGGUCAAACUGGGAUGUCAGGCUGUCGAGUGGCAGCCACGUUCCCAGUCAUCUCUGAUGCUGCUCUGAGGGUGGAGCACAGGCAGGAUCUUCACCAGGUUCAGUCUAAGACUGGAGAUGUCAAAGAGCGUCUAGUUCAGCUGCAGCGCUGCAUGCACUCCCUCCAGGAAACUAGGGGGCCCGGGAGCCAGGGGGGCCAGGAAAGUAACUCACUGGGGGCCAUCCUGGCACUAAUGGCAGCUGUGCUGACAGAGUGUGACCUCCACUGUCACAGCCAGGCCCUCAGGGCGAUGGCCAAACGACUGGAAAGUGCCGCAGUGGGAAGAGAGGGGGAGAAAGAUCUGCUGCUUUUACUGAAGAGCAUCACACAGAAUCCACCUACAGUCGCACCCUUGGCAAGGUUACAUCCCCAGGACUGUGCAGAGAUCUACAAGCUGGGGAUCCAUGAGAAUGGGAUCUACACCAUCCAGCCUGAUGUGCACAGGCCAGCUGUGGAGGCUAAAUGUGACAUGGAGGUGGCGGGUGGUGGGUGGACAGUGUUCCAGAAUCGGCAGGACGGCUCCUUGAAUUUCAACAGGACAUGGCAGGAAUACCGGGAAGGCUUCGGCACUCCACAGGGAGAGCACUGGCUGGGGAACGCAGCGCUGCAUGCCCUUACCUCCACUGGACAACAUCAACUCCGCAUUGAGCUGGAGGAUUGGCACCAACAGAGACGUCAUGCUACCUAUAGCAACUUCAAAGUGGCCUCGGAGGCGCAGAGGUAUCGCCUGACAGUACGAGAGUACUCUGGUGAUGCAGGCAAUGCCUUGAGCUACAGCAAACGCUACAACCAUGAUGGCAGAGCUUUCAGCACCACCGACCGAGACCAUGACCGCUACACAGCCGGCAACUGUGCUCAGUACUACGGUGCAGGCUGGUGGUUUGAUGCCUGCCUCGCAGCUAACCUGAAUGGGCGGUAUUAUCGUGGGCGCUACAGCGGGCUGACUAAUGGUAUCUACUGGGGAACAUGGUACAUCCUGACAGACAGCCGGUCUGGAGAGCGCUACUCCUUUAAGAGUGUGGAGAUGAAGACAAGGCCUCGGAACUUUUUAGGACAGGCCUAA